GUGAGGUCCAGUGUGUGAUCAUUGCUGCUGUGUCUUCUCCCCUGUGUUCAGGGCACCUGCUAUGGAUGCUGAGCGUCUGGAGUGUCUGUCCUGUGUGCAGCCUGUGCUCUCCGCUGCAGAGGAGGAAGACAGCUGGGAGGGAUCUGAUGAAACUGUGGGUGAUCAGGAGGGAAGAUCCGAACCCCAACAUCUACAGACCCCUCAACUGGGGGACGACAAGGAAGAGUUCACAUGUGACCUCAAACCAUGUAUCCAACCCUUCAAGGCAUGGGCUCCUACUGUCUAUUCCUGUUUUGGGAAAGAGCACCUCUGGUAUGCAGGGUACGAAAUUAUUAUCCAGGAGUCCUUUGAAGGUUACGCAGGAGUGAUUUGGCCCGGAGCCAAGGCAUUAUGUUACUUCUUGGAAGAAAACCAAGAUGAAUUUGAUUUGAGAAACAAGAAGGUUCUUGAAAUCGGCUCUGGAACAGGACUGGUAUCGAUUGUUGCAUGCAUCUUAGGAGCUCACGUGUUAGCAACUGACGUGCCCGAUGUGCUUGGCAAUCUAAGAUUUAACUUGGUGAGAAACACAAGAGGACGCUGUUUGCAUAUGCCAGAAGUGAAAGAACUGGUGUGGGGACAAGACCUUGAAUCAAAAUACCCUAAAAUCCCUUGUACGUACGAUUAUAUUCUUGCGGCAGAUGUAGUCUACCACCAUACCUGUCUGGACCAACUACUGGAAACCAUGAAACACCUGUGCCAGCCUGGAACACAGUUAAUAUGGGCCAAUAAAUUCAGAUUUAAUACUGAUUUGGAUUUUUUAGCAAAUUUUAACAAGUCUUUCCAGACAGAAGUGCUGGCAGAGCUCCCAGAUUUAGAGGUUAAAAUCUUCAAAGCAAGACAUGAAGUAGAUUAGACACACACAGCAAAUCAUUU